UCAAACAACGUCAAGAUGACAUUAAUGGAUCUACAUCGGUUGAAUGUGAGCAAGUUUCGUUUGGAAACUGGAAUUUAAAAGCCAUGUAUGACGCUUGCGAAUCGGGAGACAAAGAAAAAUGUUUUGCAAUUCAUGAAAAGUUACCAGCUUUGUUAACACAGAGCAGUAGCGAAUGCCUUCUUCGCAUUGCUAAAUCUGGAAAUAAGGAUUGCCUUCUCGCUUUUGAAUCUGUGUUGCUUGAAGAAAAAGGAGAAGAGGAGCGUCAACAAUACAUAGCGAAUAUUGUAGAUGCGGAUAACGAAUCAUUGCUUCACAAGGCUUGUCGUUCUGGAAGUAGAGACAUGUAUUCAUACCUCUGUACUGCACAUCCAUCUCUUGUUGCUUCUACGGACACGUCUACUCUCCUUCAGAUAACGUGUGAGCUAAACAAGGCUGAUAUUAUGAGUUUACUGCUACCUUCCGUGAAAGAUGAGAAUGAUAUUGGCAAGUGCCUUACGCUGUAUCCGUUGGAUGAAAAUUGUACAAAAGCUGUUGCUUUGGAGCUACAAAAGCGUUUAGCGAACAAGGUGAAAGGUUCCUAUCGAAUUGAGCCAACAUUCAACGGUGUAAGAGAAGUGGUAUUCCUGGCUUAUGGAUUAAACGUUGUUCGUGAGAGAGUGGAGCAAUUUGCGGGGAUAAAAGUAAUAUUCAGAAACCCAAAACAAGUCAAUGAUGAAGCAAUGCGAAUAGCAAAUAGUGAGGAAAUGAGGUCAUUGAACACACACAACAUCAGGGGCAUGCAAUAUGCUGAGAAAGCAAUUCAGGUGCAUGGCACGCGUCUGAUGCAAUCACAUUCGAACAUCAAUGCAUUGGGAGUCUCGCAUUUGAGGUUCAGAAAAGGAAGCAAAGACUUGAAGCUGGCAGAAACAACCCUUGUAGUUAUAUAUUGUAGCUCAAAAGGAUUUAGGCCAAUACAGGAAGAUGCAUUUCCGCAUUGGCUUUUAGUUGAUGAUAUUGCCGUUUUGAUAGAUGUUCGUGAAGGAUUCUUUGAAAUCGCACCACGUAGUUAUUCACCAAUAGCAAGCUCACAUUUCCAUUCUAAACUAAAGAUGGGUUGCGAAUGCGACGUUGAAGAUGGUGGAAAGAGGAGGGGUGGAACUAUUGGUCCUUUUGUGAAAAUACACAGCAUCGAGGGUGGUGUUCUCGACGGAUUUCUGACAUGCGCACAUGUUGCUUAUGGAGUCAAGGACGGAGAAGAUAGUUAUGUCUAUGAUGAAAUCAACACUCUAACAAAACUACAAGUCAACCAGCCUGCAGUGGAUAACUUCUCCAACCCCAGGCCAAUCAUCACGUUUGAUCGAAAGUGCGGUAAGACCUAUCGCGGCACAUUUGGUGUAACAGUGGAUGGUGUGACCGUAGAUGCCGCAGUAGUAGCCGUACAGGAUAACAGAAUGCCGUCAGGGGGAGAGUUCGCUGUUCUCGAUGCAAACCAGCUCGGACAAAUAGGUUUCAAAACAUUUCCUGUAUUUGAUUCUGCUGACCAGGCAGAGCCAACAGCGAUACUGGAUAAAGAAAUAGUAAAGUUCGGAGCUAAAACACACGCAACAAAAGGAAAGUAUGGAUCACUUGUCCACGUGAGAGAACCCAUUAAAUUGGGAAUAGUAGGACCUACUGAAUUGACAGAAAGGCGUUUUGAAAUGCAGGGUCAGCUUGCGAUCAGUAACUGUACGGCAAUUGAGCCUUUCAUUGCUCGAGGAGAUUCUGGUUCAGGCGUGUUCGUCAAAAAAGGUGACGACCUUCGGUGUUUGGGUCUUGUUAUCGGCUGUAUGUCAGAUGGUGCGGGGGUUGUAACGCCAAUUAAACCGAUUCUCAAAGCACUCGGUGUCGAACUAAUGUGCUUUACUGAGCCUAUGGACUCGAGUCAGUAACUGGAGUGCAUUGGGACGGAAUAACCACUAACAGUGUAUCACUAAAUUCAAUCAGGACUGCAAUAGGAACUGGUGCGAAGAACGUUGAGACGAUUGUUAAAUUGUACAAAUAUAAACGUACAUAACGUAA